AACACAAAGUUUCCGGUUGAUUUCUUCCUAGCAAGAUUACGGAGAUAACUAAUAUGUCUGUGACUCUUCACACAGACCUUGGAGAUAUAAAGAUUGAAUUGUUCUGUGAGAGCUGUCCAGUCACAUGUGAGAAUUUUUUAGCAUUGUGUGCAAGUGAUUACUAUAAUGGAUGCAUAUUUCACAGAAAUAUUAAAGGAUUCAUGUUACAGACAGGUGAUCCAACAGGAACAGGUAAAGGUGGUAACAGUAUAUGGGGCCAGAAAUUUGAAGAUGAACUCCGAGAUAAUCUUAAACACAAUGUAAGAGGAGUAGUUUCCAUGGCAAACAAUGGUCCAGAUUCUAAUGGUUCACAGUUUUUUUUCUCAUAUGCUAAACAGCCACAUCUAGAUAUGAAGUAUACAGUAUUUGGAAAAGUAAUUGAUGGUUUUGACACGUUGGAUGAGUUUGAAAAGCAACCAGUAGAUGAAAAGACAUACAGACCUUUAAAUGAGAGUAGAAUUCAGGACAUUACUGUACAUGCUAACCCUAUAGCAGGAUGAUCUAAAUCAAGGCUGGUCAAGAAGUACUGUACUAUUACUGGUGUAAAUUACUGAUUGACGCAUGGAGGUGUGAUUCUGUGAUAGCUGAUUAUAAGUCAGCAACACUCCUACAGAACAGUAAACUUACAUAAAUAGAGGUCAUUUGGAUAAGACACAUUCAUUGCAUUCAUAUCAACAUAUGUAUCAGUUUAUAGUUAAAAUGUUCUAAAACCAUGAUAAUAAUUUUAUAAAUGUAUUGAACAAGAAAUAAACAAAAGGGAAUUAA